CCCGCUGUCGAGCUUGGUGACUCGGUGCCCGCUGUCGUGCCUGAUGCCUCGGUGCCCGCUGCCUCGCCUGAUGCCCCGGUGCCCGCUGCCUCGCCUGAUGCCCCGGUGCCCGCUGCAAUACCUAAUGGCCCGGUACCCGCUGCUCCGCCUGAUGGCCCGGUGCCCGCUGCCCUGCCUGAUGCCCAGCCUGACGUGCCUCUGUCCGCUGCCCAGCCUGACGUGCCUCUGUCCGCUGCCCAGCCUGACGUGCCUCUGUCCGCUGCCCAGCCUGACGUGCCUCUGUCCGCUGCCCAGCCUGACGUGCCUCUGUCCGCUGCCCAGCCUGACGUGCCUCUGUCCGCUGCCCAGCCUGACGUGCCUCUGUCCGCUGCCCAGC